GCAUUAUUAUAUUUUCGUCGGGUGAAGUCCACCAUCAAUUCAUCAUCUCCCACAAGAUAUCUCAGUUGACAAUUUUCAUAAUUAUCCUUUGGACUUGUUCAAAAUCUUUUUACAAUAUUACUUCAGCAACACCAAGACUUCUUCAAAAUCUUUUUACACUAUUACUUCAGUAAAACCAAGACCAAAUCUUCCUCUUUUGGGGUAUAUAGUAUUAUGUGGGUGAGCAUUUUACCCCACGUUUGGAUUUUUGGAUGAAAAGAAAAAGAACAGGGGUUGAAGAUGGAGGGAGUAAGAUAUUCUGGAUGUGUUUUUACAACAGCAAUUUAUUGUUUUAUGCUGCUUACGGUUGCUCAAGUUACUGAUCCUUCUGAAGUGUCAGCUUUGGCAUCUAUAAAGAAUGGUUUGAUUGAUAAUAUGGGGUACCUGAAAGAUUGGGAGAAGGGUGAUCCAUGUACAUCAAACUGGACUGGAGUUUUUUGUUUUCACAAAGUUGGAGCUGAAGGCUACUUGCAUGUCAGGGAACUCCGUAUGAUGGCUAUGAAUCUUUCUGGAAGUUUAACACCUGAGAUUGGACAACUAUCUCAUCUUCAUUUUUUGAAUUUCAUGUGGAAUGAUUUGACUGGGAGUGUACCGGAAGAAAUUGGAAACAUCAAGACUUUGAAACUUCUGCUCUUGACUGGAAACCGGCUUUCAGGAUCUUUAUCUGAUCAGCUUGGGUAUCUCCCCAACCUGAGAAUAUUCCAGAUAGACGAGAACCAGUUAUCCGGAAGAAUUCCUAAAUCCUUUUCCAAUUUAAACAGUGUCCAACAUAUCCACCUGAACAACAACUCACUGAGUGGUCAAAUCCCCCCCGAGCUUUCCAAUUUGUCCACUCUGCUUCACUUGCUUGUGGACAAUAAUAAUCUUUCAGGAUACCUUCCUCCUGAGCUUUCAGCACUUCCGCGUCUUCGAAUAAUCCAACUUGAUAACAACAAUUUCAGCCGUGCUGAGGUUCCAGCUUCUUAUGGAAACAUGUCAUCAUUAGUGAAACUAAGUCUCAGGAAUUGCACGUUACAAGGAUCCGUUCCUGAUCUUAGCAAAGUACAGAGCCUACGCUAUCUUGAUCUCAGCUGGAAUCAACUUUCUGGAUCUAUACCACAGAAUAAGCUUUCCAACAAUAUGACAACUAUUAUUCUGUCACACAAUCGUCUUGAUGGACCUAUUCCGAAGAGUUUUUCAUCUCUUCCUUUGUUGCAGAAACUGUCAGUGGAGAACAACCUUUUGAAUGGUUCCUUUUAUACCGACAUUUGGCAAAAUAAGUCUACUUCAACUUCGGCACUUAUGAUUGAUCUUCGGAAUAAUUCACUUUCGGACAUUUCGGGUACUCUUCAACCUCCUGUGAAUGUCACUCUAAGAUUGCAGGGCAAUCCUGUCUGCCGCAACGAGAAUGUGAGAAAUAUCAUCAAGUUCUGUGACUCUGAAGCCAGAGCAGAAAAGACGAGUAACUUGACUUACGUCAAUGGUGCUUGUCCUGUUAAUGCAUGCCCUAAGGAUAACUAUUACGAAUAUGUCCCAAGGUCACCUGUUCCUUGCUCGUGUGCCUCGCCUCUCAGAGUUGGAUGGCGGCUGAAAAGUCCUAGUUUUUCUUACUUCAAUCCAUAUGUGCAUCAAUUUGAGCAGUAUAUGACUAGUGAUCUUCAUUUGGACCGUUACCAAAUGUUGAUCGAGUCAAGUUCUUGGGAAGAAGGGCCUCGUCUCCGGAUGCAAUUGAAGCUUUUCCCAGCAGUUGGGGUCAGUACAUUUAAUAAAAGUGAGGUCAUUCGUAUCAGCGACAUUCUGCAAUUCUGGGAAAUCUCAGUAGUUGACCUUUUUGGACCUUAUGAGCUUCUGAACUUCACUCUGCUGGGACCUUAUUCCUAUUUGAAUCCUGAUAUUCAACCUAAACAUAAAAGCAAAGGUGCUUUGGUAGCUGGUGUAGUAGCAGUUUCUUUUGCUUCAAUUUUUGCAAUAAUUGUCGCCGUAUUAAUCAAAAGACGACAUGUCAAAUACCGAAGCAUCCUAUCAAGGAAACGUUUAUCGUCGAAUCUCUUUAUAAAAAUGGAUGGAAUUAGAAGCUUCACUUUCAGAGAAAUGAGCUUGGCUACUAACAACUUUGAUAGCUCAAAUCAAGUCGGGGAAGGAGGAUAUGGGACUGUCUUUAAGGGAAUUUUAGCUGACAAAACAAUUGUUGCUAUCAAACGAGCAAAAGAAGGAUCACUACAAGGGCAAAACGAAUUCUUGACAGAGAUAUCCUUGUUAUCAAGGUUACAUCACCGGAAUCUAGUUUCAUUGCUAGGAUACUGUGAUGAAGAAGGAGAUCAGAUGCUGGUUUAUGAAUUCAUGUGCAAUGGAACUUUGCGAGACUGGCUUUCUGUUACAUGUAAAGAAAGUUUGAAGUUUGGAGCAAGAUUGCAGAUUGCACUAGGUGCAGCAAAGGGCAUACUUUACCUGCAUACAGAAGCUAAUCCACCUAUAUUCCAUAGGGACAUCAAAGCCAGCAAUAUUCUUUUAGACUCAAAAAUGACAGCUAAAGUUGCUGAUUUUGGCUUGUCUAGGCUUGCACCUGUCCAGGAUGAUGAAGGUGUACUACCUAAUCAUGUUUCAACUAUUGUGAAGGGAACACCUGGUUACCUUGAUCCCGAAUAUUUCUUGACCCAUAAAUUGACAGAUAAAAGUGAUGUCUAUAGCCUGGGAGUUGUAUUUCUUGAAAUCUUAACCGGAAUGCGUCCAAUCUCACACGGGAAAAACAUAGUUCGCGAGGUAAAUUUUGCUCGUAACUCCGAGAAGAUGCACUCUGUCAUGGACGGUACAAUGGGACCUUACCCUUCUGAAUGCAUAGAAAAGUUUGCUGCUUUGGCCCUCAAUUGUUGCGAGGACAAACCAGAAGACAGACCUUCAAUGUCCGAUGUGGUGAGGGAGCUGCAAACUAUUCAGUCUAUUCUCAACAUGAUGGCAGAUACUGACGCGGAUUCAGUAGAUUCUAAAGCCACAUUCAACGAACCAAAGUCAUCGUCUUCAUUUUCCGAUAGCACUAGCAGAGACGCAUUUCUAUCGUCCAAUGUGUCGGGAUGUUACAGUCUGAGUUCUCUCAGCCUUUCUAUGCCUCGCUAAUGGAUUAGCUGCUUAUCUUUUGUAUAAUUGAAAAAUUAGUAUGUAUAAUAGAUAAUUACCUUAAUAGGUUCUCUAAGAGAGUAGUUGCUUGGCUUUUGUACUAGAAAAAAUAGUGUGUAGAAUAGGGAAUGGACAAUUUGCACGAUUGCCCUUCUUCGGGGUGGUCUUUAAUUUUUGGCCCUCAAAUUACUGGUCUUUAAUUUUUGCUCUUCGCCUAAAAUAUCCGAAGUUCUGGGUUCGAACCCAGGCUCAGUCAAAAAAAAAAAAAAUGCAAGGCAGAAUUUGGAGCAAAAGUUAGGCCUUUAACUUUUGUAGAAUUUUAGCAGAGUAAAUUUCGCGAAGGUAGAAUUUUCGCGAAACCUUGCCUUGCAAAAUUGUUUUUUGACUGAGUGGGGUUCGAACUCAGAACAUCGGGAUAUUUUCUGCUACUUUUUCAAACGAAGGACAAAAAUUAAAGACUAACAACUGAAGGGACAAUAAUUAAAGGCCAGCGCCUUUGAAGGGGAAUCCGUGCAAAAACAUGAUAGGGAAUUACCUUAAUAUCUUCUGUUUAUCUGUAUUCCAAGGAUUUGUUAACGAGAACCUCUUAUCGUACUUCCU